AAGAAAAAGAUGGUGCGUUUGCUCCGCGGGACCAGCGCUGCUGUCGCUUCUCUGCUGCUUGUUGUUGUUCCGGUGUUCCUGCAACAUCUGUCGUUGCCUGUUGUAAAGGCUGUGCAGCUGCGAGCAGCGAGUUCUUCUGCAUCUGCAGGUGCAGGGUCGUCUGCUUCUGGCCUCAGCGCUGGCCGCCAGUCCGCCGCACCGGGGAACAGGUUACGCACCAGUCUCAGGAGUCGAGGCGGAGUUGUCCCCGGCGGCAACGGGGACCAAGCGCGGGAGGUUCAGAUAGCAAAUGGGGGAAGAUCUCGUUCACAAGACCAGCCCGCUGGGGGAGGACACCGGCAGAACGGGAACCAAGCUGCACAGUUUCGACCGCGCGCGGUUCAGGACGGUGGUGACCCUCCGUCCUGUCCCUACCUCUGGCCGAUCGAGAAGGAAGUUGCAGAGGUAUCCAGAGUAAAAACGCCACCCACGACGCCCCAUAGUCAAAGUGGGGAUGUUGCUACACAGACGCGGCCCCAUAGUCAAUGUUGCUACACAGUAUAUUAAGCAAGGUUAGGCAAUUCUUGCACAGGACAAGUUUGGAUUCGCGACGUAGUCGUUGUUUAGCUAGUGCGGCCGUGAUGUCUCAAAUCGAUCACACAAUCCUGAUUCUAGCAUGUCACGUUCCGAAACAACAGUAGAAAAUGCCCCUCGCGGGGCUGCGCAUGAGAGAUAUCCUGAGCGUGCAAAAAGAUAUCUGGGGUGAGGACGUUUUUUCUCAGGAUAAGAGGCAAAGGAAGCUAUUCGUGUUUGCGAGGCUCGCGCGGCUGAAUGGAGAGAGGAAUGCCGCUCAUCUGUCCAGUCCUCAGGCGAAAUUUUCGUGGGAGGUUGUGUCGCAGGGCUGAGCUGUUUAGCCGCCGGUGCCUGUUUGGGGCCGGGGGCGGCAGCCGCGGCAGGAGUGGCCGCGCCGGCCGUUGUCGGCGCCUCCAGCUGCGCUUCUGCGAGGUUUGCUUUCGAUGCUGCGGAUGCGUUCCUGGGCGUGGCUCGUAUGGAACAAAAGGCGCAUGCUUGUCGUCGAUGGCUAGGUAUUUUAGAAGCCGACCUUGCGCGCGCGAAGCGGCAAGUGCGUGACUACCCGUACCUGGGUCGACUAACGGAAGCGGGGGCUGUUCAGGAGAGGGAAAGGCAACGAAGCGAAAGGAGAAGGGCUGUGAUUCGAAGCUUACGUCGAAACGUGCCGAACAACUAGACUAUAUGUAAAACCCAGUUACAAACGCACGUCUAGUUUCGCAGUAGUCUUACUGUCUUCUCCAUGACCACUCAAAAAAAAUUUCUGAUAAAAAGAAAAAAGUACGCCGUUAAUUUGUAUUUUUACACUCUGGCUUUGUCGUCCCACGCGGACGCGAAGGCGACCAGCAGGGAAAAGGAUCCUUUUCCGCGGAAGGUCUCCCGGUGAUGUAGGGCAAGUCCUGAAGAGGACAAAGAAACCGCGGCGGAGGAAACGAAGAGC